UUUUCAAGGAUCUAAAUGAAAUAUUUUCUUAUCCAGAGUGUAUUUAUAAACAAAUUAACUACAAAAUGAGUUCUUUACUGUUUGGCGAAAUCGUUGAACCCACUACCAGGGCCCUAAUAGACGAUGAUCUAGAAGAAUAUCCGGAAUAUAUACAGCCAUUGGAAUGGGAAGGAAAUUGUGAAACUCCAAAUCAAAUUGAUACUCUUGUUUUUGUGGAAACUGAAAAAGUGAAAAAACUACUCAACUCUUGUGUUUUGCUUAACCUGAAAUCCAUUGGUAAGCUCAAAAGUGCAGGAGUUGAGAUUUAUAACAUAAAGGAGAAUGUCUAUGUGAUUACUCAUUUUGAACAAAAAGAUUUCAACACAGGAGAGAUAGUGGAGGCUUUUGAGAAUUGGAUCAAGAUUGCAAAGCACAUUUAUGCAGUUACUUCGGAUUCCAUAUAUAAUUACCAAAAUGGAGAUUUAUAUGAGAAACCUUCUGCACUUCUGAGGAUGCUCUCCAAUGAUCCAGAAGAAAAAAUUCAUUGUGGUCAACUAGAAACCCCAAACUUAGUAACAGGCCUGGGUGCUAAUGUGUUAUCAUAUUGCAUUCAUACUGAACUGAAAUGCACUUUAUUUAUUGCAUAUGUAGACAAUUCACCUUUAGAUUCAGCUAAUAUAGGCGUUUUGUUGGACUUGUUUACAAGACUUGAUAUACCAGUGAGUAAAAAAGUUAUUACAGAACGUGGUGAAGAUUUAUCAUCCAGUAAUUUGUAUAUAUGAAAAUAUAAAGAUACAACUGUAAUUUU